GAGCUACAGGAGCACCGCGAGGCAACUUUGACAUAACCGCCAAAUCAACCAUUGGGCUAUAAUGCUGCGAGUGAGGUGUCUGAGAGGAGGGAGCAGGGGGGCCGAGGCUGCCCAUCUGAUCGGAGCCAUGGUGGGCCGUGCAGCAACUGCUUGGGUGCAACGGGCCUUCCAGAGCACCUCAAGUGCAGCAGCUGCUCAAACACAGCCGACGGUUGAUGACGACCAUGUUACUGAGCCCGCACGGCAGGAGUGUCCUGUUAGCAGCUACAAUGAAUGGGACCCUCUGGAGGAGGUCAUCGUGGGCCGCGCUGAAAACGCCCGCGUGCCUCCUUUCACCGUGGAAGUGAAAGCCAACACAUAUGAGAAGUACUGGUCCUUCUAUCAGAAGUAUGGGGGCCAACCUUUUCCUGAGGACCACUUAAAAAAAGCUGUUUCUGAGAUUGAAGAAAUGUGCAAUAUUCUCCGUCACGAGGGUGUGACCGUGAGGAGGCCAGAACCUAUCGACUGGUCCCUGGAAUACAAAACUCCGGACUUCAAAUCAUCAGGCAUGUAUGCCGCCAUGCCUCGAGAUAUCCUGAUGGUGGUGGGAAACGAGAUCAUCGAGGCGCCAAUGGCAUGGAGGGCUCGCUUCUUUGAGUACCGGGCAUACCGACCUUUGAUCAAGGAGUAUUUCAGAAAAGGUGCUAAAUGGACCACUGCUCCCAAGCCCACAAUGGCCGACGAGCUGUACGAUCAGGACUACCCCAUCCGCACGGUGGAGGACAGACACAAACUGGCCGCUCAGGGCAAAUUUGUGACCACCGAGCAUGAGCCCUGCUUCGAUGCUGCCGAUUUCAUUCGUGCUGGGAAGGACCUGUUUGUCCAGAGAAGUCAGGUUACGAACUAUAUGGGAAUCGAGUGGAUGCGUCGUCACCUUGCCCCAGACUACAAAAUCCACAUCAUCUCCUUCAAAGAUCCCAACCCAAUGCACAUUGAUGCUACUUUCAACAUCAUUGGACCAGGGCUUGUGCUGUCGAAUCCUGAUCGGCCAUGCCGCCAGAUCGAAAUGUUCGAAAAGGCUGGCUGGACUGUCGUGAAACCUCCAACACCGCUGAUACCAGAUGAUCACCCUCUCUGGAUGUCCUCCAAAUGGUUGUCCAUGAAUGUUUUGAUGCUGGAUGAGAAGCGCGUCAUGGUUGAUGCUAAUGAAUCCACCAUUCAGAAAAUGUUUGAGAACCUCGGUAUAAAGACCAUAAAGGUGAACAUUCGCCAUGCCAACUCACUGGGUGGUGGCUUCCACUGCUGGACUACUGACGUCCGCCGCCGUGGUACACUGCAGUCCUACUUUCACUAGCUUUGCCAGAAAUGGGCAGUUUUUAUUGAGCUUUAAAAUAUUAGAGCCUCCAUUUGGAAUUCUAAUUCAAUUGCAGAUUUUGGAUCGAUUACCUACAGUAGUGUGUCUCUAACUAAGUUUAACACUAAGAUUAACAAGGGGGCUGUACCGCUUUUAUUUGCGAGUCAAUUGUUUCAACUUGCGUGUGAGCGUCAAUCUUGCAAACGUUAUGUUCUUCAAAAGUGUAUUAACAAAUACACAAACUAAUUUGCUGCCAUUGAAGGUGACAGAUGUCCAACCCUUUUUAACUGUGGGGGGUUGUAGAACUCAUUCAUUACCUGCCCUCCCAGUUCAAAUUGAUUGGAUACCUACUGCAAUGGCAGAAAAUGUGUUAAUUAGUCUUAACAGUUGGCACCAAAGUCAUUUUCUGGAUUGAGCCGUCAGGUCCUGAAUGAAUAUGAAUGUAUUGUUUUGAUUUGACAUCGCCGUGCAUUACAGUGCCUUUGCAAACAGCUUUGUUUUUAAAUACUAUAUUGUGAACCCUCAGUCACGAAUUUGACAAUUCAUAGAUCGGGAACCCCUGUUAAAGGAGAGGAGAUUCAUUUCGUCAAACUGUCAAACAAAGUGUUUUGCUGCAAGUUUGUGGCAACUAUUGGCAUUUCUGGACCUUUUUGCGUAGGCGUCAAUUUAGGGUUUGCUGUACACCCACCAGCAACUUUAUUUGUAACUCUGUGAUCUUAUGCAACAACCAUUCUAUAAAUACCACUAUUGAGAAGAUUAUUUUCAUAUUUUUGAAAGUCACGACUCCCCGGUGUUGCUGGGAUGGCAUGAAUUUGCCUAAUGUUUCAUUCAGAUUUGUGUUAGUCAUUGCAAUGCACUCAUCAAGUGUACCAAAUAAAUUGGCCACUAGGCGUACACGCUUAGUUGCAUCAUCGCUUUUCCGUCAACAUAUAUAUAUCUCAAUAUUAACUACAUUUCUGGCCUGGCUAUUGUUUUUCUGGCUUCAACAUCUAUAAGUCAAUGUGAGGACAAGGUACAGUUUGGUAUGAGAAUGUCAUCCAACUAGGGCACAGGAGGAAGGAAACUACCUCCUUUUGAAGACUCAGAAACAACACUUUUUUCCAAAGUAUUUUUAUAUUUAAAUAAAUGUAUUAAAGUUGUUAUGUAGGUCAUUAAACAUGAUGAAUUUCUUUUCUCUAGAACAUGAUUUUGUAAAGAUUUUAAUUGAUUGGACAAAGUUCUAUUUAUAUUUGUCAUUCUUCUCUUUAUUGGAUUUCCCACCAAUUGGUGUUUUUAUAUAUUUACAGUCCAUAUCAGAUAUUGUAUACCUUUUGCCUCUGCUGUUCUCCCCUGUUGCAAAACUGGGCCAGUUAUAUGCUGCAAGUCAUUCUCACUGAACCGCUCAGCUGUUUUUUGUUUGCACAGCAGAUAUGCCUACAGAAUUAAGAAAGAAAUGGGUUUGUCAAGUAAUUCUGUAGGAUACAUUAAAAGCUUUUGAAUGUGUACGUGUGUGUUGACCUCCUCGUGUCUGCUGCGACCGGAGGGCAGUAAUGAGGAAAGUGCUGUUUUGUAUUGCUCAACGUUAAUAAAUGAAAUUAAAA